AUAUGACUUUCGUCACAAUCUGUCCUGCGCUUAUUGAUUCGUGUCUCGGUUUCGUUUGUAACUCGACAUAGUUUUUGUGUGUAUCGGAAAUGGCGAGCCAGACACAGGGGAUCCAGCAAUUGCUGGCUGCUGAAAAGCGGGCAGCUGAGAAAGUUUCAGAGGCGAGAAAGCGAAAAGCGAAACGCCUAAAGCAGGCCAAGGAUGAAGCUCAGGAGGAGGUGGAGAGGUACAGACAGGAGCGAGAGAAGCAGUUCAAAGAGUUUGAGGCCAAGCACAUGGGCACCCGGGAAGGAGUGGCUGCUAAGAUCGAUGCCGAAACGAAAGUCAAGAUUGAUGAGAUGAACAAAAUGGUCAACUCACAGAAAAAUGCCGUGAUCACAGACAUGCUCCAUCUUGUCUACGACAUCAAGCCUGAGUUGCACAUCAACUACCGCAUAGAUUAAACCUAAAGUUACCAUAUUUCGUCGCUACACAGCGAAAAUAUAGUUUAUUGUUAUGGUAAUCUGUUUAAUCUUAGAAUUAAGCGCGCGGCCUAAGAAGAUUAAAACCACUAAGUAAAACCCGUUUAUUCUCGCAAUAACAUCUAAAAAUUUGUAUUUCGAACAGAUUUUUCUAAAAAGCGAAUACUUUGGAUUUGCUUUUCAGUGGUUUUCAGCUUCUUGGCGCGGCCUUGACAGCGCGCGUAAACAACUGUCACUUUGACAAGCGCGAAAAAGAUGGCUGCCACCACGCUGUAUAUAACGUUCGCUUGGUUUCUCCCUAUUUAAAAUAAUCACUGUUGUUUGCCGUAAAGAAAAUCAGCUCGAUAUCAUUCCAUUUGAUCGACGGCCUGCAAUCGCAUAAAAAUAUUAUUAUUACUUAGGUAUACCGUUCAAUUGUAUUUUAUUCAAUGUUGUAUGUUGAAUAGAAAUUAAAGUUUAAACAAAACAAAUGCCGAUUUUUAAUUGUUUUUAUUUCUUGUUAUGCUUUUCAAAUGGAAACUGGUGUGUACAGUAUUAGAGAAAAUAUAUUAUUGAUGUAA